AUGGGAAAGGUUAUCUUUUACGAGGACAGGAACUUCCAGGGACGGCACUAUGAGUGCAGCAGUGACUGUGCCGACCUGUCCCCUUACUUCAGCCGCUGUAACUCCAUCCGUGUUGAGGGUGGCUGCUGGGUGGUGUAUGAGAGACCCAAUUACAUGGGAUACCAGUAUGUUCUGACCAAGGGAGAAUACCCUGACUACCAGCGCUGGAUGGGAUUCAAUGACAACAUUAGGUCAUGUCGCACUUACUCAUAUGUAAAGCCUCAUGAUGGCUCCUACAGAAUGAAAAUUUACGAGAGGCCUGACUUUGGAGGGCAGAUGAUGGAAUUCAUGGAUGACUGUCCAUCUGUCUACGAUCGUUUCCGUUACCGUGACAUCCACUCCUGCCACGUGAUGGAUGGUUACUGGAUCUUCUAUGAACAUCCUGAUUACAGAGGGCGACAGUACUUCCUGAGACCCGGUGAAUACAAGAAGUUUAGUGACUGGGGAGCAACUUGCCCAACAAUUGGAUCUUUCCGCCGUGUAAUGGAUUUCUAA